UUGCAGAUGUAUCGUCCUCUUGGUGCACAUCAAAAAGAUAUUUCGACUAGGCUCAUGAAACCAACUUGUCCUGAUAUCAGGAUCAAGGAUGUGCUUCAUUUGGUCAAGAACUGGAAUCCGGCAUGGGAAUUUGAUGGUGACAUUACUGUUUUUGAUGCCGGAAUAGCGCAGUAUUUACUAGCAGAUGACCGGUCGCAUGAUGUUUUUUUGCUUCGCUUAUACUCGGGAAGCCAAGUUUACGCUGUAAAAUGGUCAAUAACGAGCCGAAAGAUGUGCUUGACGAAGAGGCUAAUAAUACAUUUAACUUGGUCGGUGAAAAGGAAGCUCCAGAAGAAGAGCGC